AUGGCUCCUCCGCCGACUUUAGCGGAUACGACUACCGCUGGUGCUGUUCAAGCUGGACCGUCGAAAAAUCGAAAACAACCAAGUAUAGCAAUUGCACAUGACGGUUCCCAGUCCAUCCGUGCGCAAUCGAAGAAGGAGAAGUCGAUGGGUGGUAACAAGUCAGAUUCUGCUGGCAGGGCGGGUAUGAGCAAAGAGCUCGUCAAAGCUGUUCUAGCUAGUCCGUUAACUGUAGCUUGGCCAAAUAUCCCUCGACAUCUCCAGAAUGCCUCUCUCCAUGCCUUGAAAGAACUUAUACCGUCAGAAAUAGCAGACUAUCACGUUUCCAGAGCUAGGUGUCAUCAGAAAGAAAAGAGGUCUAAAAGACGUUCUUUGCGAAAACAUACCAAGGACGAUGAGAAAGAAGCAGGUCCAGUCGAAGUGUCAGGUGAAGAGCAAGAUGUUCAGCCUGAAGAACCGCAAUCGAUAGCUAUAGGUGCCAAAAGACCUCCUGCCGCUACUGAUAUGGAAGAACCCGCUUCGAAGAAACCCCGAACUGAUGACGGGAAUGAGAAGAUUGAUACUGUGAGACCGGUUCAACCUGAAAUACUAUCUCACUUGGUCUUUGGAAUAAAUGAAGUCCUGAAAUCACUCGAGACUCAAAUCGCAGAAUUGAGAAUUCGUCUCAUGAUUAUGGGAGAUGCAUUGAAUGGUAUUCAAAAAGAUGUCAACCUCAAAGGAAAAGCGAACAAUCUAUUACCUACUGCGCCUCGCUCACCUUCAUUAUCACCAGAACGCACACUUCACAACGAUCUUCGGGCAGCGAUACCACUCGAGUUCAUCAUUAUUCCUUUAUUGUCUAUCAAUCCACCUUCAUUGGUAUCUCCAAUACCUCAGUAUUGCGCGACAUACAAUGCAUUAGUAUACCAACAUACCCAGUUAACCAAAUUGUGUCGAACGAGACUUAACGAUCGGGACGUUGAUGAUAUCGUUGGAGGAGAAAAGGAAGAAAUUAGAGUAGUACCGUUAGGUGCGGUUGAGCAAGAGAUUGCUGAAUUAGUCGGGUUGAGGAGAGUCGCAUGUUUGGGUAUUCGAGGAUCACAUCCUUCUGUCGAUGUUUUGAGAAAACUAUUACCCAAAAGCGUUUUACAUGCACCUAGACAUUCCAUCACUCUACCCAUACCAACUUCUUCCCUCAAGAUUUACAAUUCACCAGCAGACAAAGAAGUUCAAAGGAAGAAGAAAUCAUCACAUCCUUUACCCAAUAUCCAUUACGCUGAUUUACAUAUCAAAGGUAUCAAGACCAAGAUACCUAUCGAUAAUGCCGCUAGGAAAGCUCAGAGAUUGGAAGAAGUCAGAAAGAAGAGAGUUGAGGCGAAAAUAAGGAAGAAAGAAGACAGGUUGAAAGAGAAGAAGAGGCAAUAG